GGCGGCGCGUUCCCAUCGUGCCCCGCGGGACUCGUUGCGCCUCCCCCGCGGCGGCGGCGCGGCCCGAGCCCGUCCCGGCCCUUCCCGGCGCUGCCCGGCCCGGCCCGAGAGCCCCGCGGGAGCGCCCCGGCCCGCCCCGCCAUGCCCCCCAAGAAGCAGCAGCAGCCGGCGGGGGGCAGCAAGAAGGCGGACCAGAAGAAGAAGGAGAAGAUCAUCGAGGACAAAACAUUUGGCCUAAAGAAUAAAAAAGGUGCAAAGCAGCAGAAGUUCAUCAAGGCUGUGACUCACCAGGUUAAGUUUGGUCAGCAGAAUCCACGUCAGGUUGCUCAAUCAGAAAGUGAGAAGAAAUUAAAGAAAGAAGAUAAGAAAAAGGAAUUACAAGAAUUAAAUGAGCUGUUCAAGCCUGUGGUUGCUGCACAGAAAAUUAGCAAAGGUGCUGACCCAAAAUCUGUAGUUUGUGCUUUCUUCAAGCAAGGCCAGUGCACUAAAGGAGACAAGUGCAAGUUUUCUCAUGAUUUGUCCUUGGAAAGGAAGUGUGAAAAGCGAAGUGUCUACAUUGAUGCUAGAGAUGAAGACCUUGAAAAAGAUACAAUGGACAACUGGGAUGAGAAGAAGCUGGAAGAAGUAGUGAACAAGAAGCAUGGUGAGGCGGAAAAGAAAAAACCCAAAACCCAAAUAGUCUGCAAAUACUUCCUUGAUGCCAUUGAAAACAACAAAUAUGGAUGGUUUUGGGUCUGUCCAGGUGGAGGAGACAACUGUAUGUAUCGCCAUGCCCUCCCUCCAGGCUUUGUAUUAAAGAAAGACAAAAAGAAGGAAGAAAAGCAAGAUGAAAUCUCAUUAGAAGAUCUAAUAGAAAAAGAGCGUGCUGCCUUAGGACCAAAUGUUACCAAAAUUACUCUAGAGUGUUUUAUUGCAUGGAAGAGAAGAAAAAGACAAGAAAAAAUUGAUAAGGCUGAGCAAGAUAUGGAGAGGAGGAAAGCAGAUUUUAAAGCUGGCAAAGCAUUGGUGAUCAGUGGGCGUGAGGUGUUCGAGUUCCGGCCAGAGCUGGUUGAUGCCGAUGAUGAAGAAGCAGAUGACACCCGUUAUGUCCAAGGAGCAGGAGAUGAUGAUGAGACAGAAGAUCCUGUGUGCAUAAAUGAUGUAGAUUUGAACCUGUAUGUCCCCAAGGCAGUAGAGGAGACUGGUAUUACAGUGGCUAGUCCAGAGAGAUUCAGCACAUACACUUCAGUAGAAAAAGAUGAUAAUAAAUUAAAUGAAGCUUCUGGUGGUGAUAUAAACAGCAGCGAGCAAAAUGAUUUAGAUGAAGAUAAUGAUGGAGAUGGGGAAUUGGAAAAUGGAGUCAUUGAUGCAGUUCCAGUUGAUGAAAAUCUCUUUACUGGAGAGGACUUGGAUGAACUAGAAGAAGAACUAAACACUCUUGAUUUAGAAGAAUGAACUAAAAAGCUCCAGUGAGGAAUUAAACCUAUGUGAAAACUGACUACAUUUUUUUCUCCUUUUUGAAUAGAAUUCUUAAACAAGAUGUUUAUGGUUAUGCAGCUGAAUAUGAUGGGCACGUGAUAUACCAGGAAUGUUUUCCUUCAAUCUCAUCUACUCCAGUCUUGGCUAUGCUCACAGUAAAACGUUCAGAGUAGUUCAGAAUUACCCAACAGCUGAAUUUGCAGACAGUGAGAUUAAAACUUCCAACUAAGAGUAGGAAGUGUAACUGCUUUGCCAGUAUGCAAGUGGGCAGUUUGACAUCAGGUACAGUACAAAAAUCCAAGUAUACAUUCUUCACAAAAAAAAGCAUUUUUAUUAGUGAUUGUGUUGAUUUAGAAACUGCCUGAAGUGGUUUUUAGGCAGGGUACUCUAAUGGAGCUGAUGCAGAUUAUGCUUCUUUAAGUGGUGAUUAGCUUUAUUUGAUCAGCUGGAUACUGAAGAUUGUGAACUGAUAUUUCAUACAAUACCAGUACAGUGCCCUCUGUUUAAAAUGUUUUAAACUUUCCCACCACCUUUUGCCAAUAAAUCUGUAAAUAAAAAUCA